GCUGAGGUGAGCGCGGCCCGGGCCCCCCUCGGCUGCCCUGAGGGGACGCGGGGGCGCCCCUAAAUCGUCACGUACCUAUUUUUUAAAUUACCCGAACGCUUCGCCUGCGGUAGCGUUAGCGGAGAGUGGGAGCCACGCGGUAGGCGCGCAGUGUCGCCCUCCGGGAGAAGAACUUUGCCGAACCGAAACGUUUCGUCUCCCCUUGGCCCGCGGCUCGUAAACUGCAGUUCUGCUGGGACCGGGCCUGGGCGGCAUGCGGCGGGCGGGGGCUGUGCGCCUCCUUCCCAGAGGGAAAGUCUACAAACAGAUCUCUGAGGAUGAGGUUCGCUUAGUGUGCUCUUUGGAUGAAGUAAGGAACAAGACUAGGUUUUCUACAAAGAGUGAAAGGCUCGCUUUGGUUAGGGAUUCAGAAAUUUCUACUGAUGCCGGGCUACUACCAUGUUACCAGCAGAGGCGGGUUGAAAGAACUCCCUACAGUGACUCCACAGAAAAGCCACCACUGUACAGAGAAGCCACAACAUUUCAAAAGGCUUGGAAAAGUGUAGAUGUAAAUGCAGCUGAGGAAGUCAGAGCCCUACCUGAUUUUGUUGUUCCUGAGGAAACAAGCAGUAAUAUCUUGGAAUGCCUGUCAGAACACCGGCGAGGCCGUCACAAUGAAGCACUGACCACAAUGUAUCGUGAGCUUGCCUGCAUUGCCAGGGAGCUGGAGCCCUUUGUUUUGGAGCCUGGAAAAUUCCUUCUGACAAAACUGAUGGAAUCUGAUAGAAAAAUUGAACUUCUAUUUAAAAAGAUUGAGUUCGAUGCUACUCUGGAAGGUUUCUCGAUUGAAGAUUUGAAAGAACUGUGGAACGUCAUCCAUCAGGAAUCCUUGACCAGAAGGAACUGGAUUAGGGAAAUGGAUGAAUCCUUAAAAAAGGUUGAAUGGAGUCGAGCUGAUAAAAUAACAGAUGUACUGAGGAAGUAUACUGUGAAACUGGAGGGAAUUUCCUUCUUCUUGUCAGCUGACGUUUACAGGCUCAUGAAUGAUGAGGCCAUGCUGAUUAACAGAGCACUGUUGGCUAAUCAGAGGGCAAUUGCCAAGCUGUUCUUUAAUCUAAUGAAAUCAGAGAUGAAGAGGGAAUUAUCACAUCGAUUGAGAUGGCAAGAUAGAGUCAAGGACUGGAAGCUCAUACAUAAGAACUCUUUAGUUCACGCUUUCAGAGAAUUUAUGGCAAAUGAAGAAAUACAGAAUCCCCCAACUGUGAAAACAGAAAUGGAAAAUAUGAUAACAGAACAGAUUUUACUUAGUGAAAGGAGACUGGAGUUUCUGCAGCACCUUGGUGAUUUGUUGCCUCCAACACACACGAAAGCUGACAUAAAUGAAUGGUACAGAUCUUUGGUGAAUUUAAACAAAAGUAUAGAUACCCACAAUGUGCAGUGCAUGAUGAAAAUACACACCCAGUAUGAGAGGGGCCUGGAAAAAUGUUUGGCAGAAAUGCAGUUAUGCAUGAAUAACCUGUUGAACUUUUGCACAAAAAAAGAGGCUGAAGAAAUUGUGAGUUCUGAGUUACUUCAGUUGACUGAGAAACUAAAAAGUCAGUUUGAAGAAGAACUGGAGCAUAUGGAUAGAGACUUUGAGGAGCUGGCUAAACACAAUGAGCAGAAUUGUGAAGACUUGGGCAGCUAUUUUCUGGAGGUGAUGGGUCUCUGGGAUGUCCAUCAACUCAAACUGUCCCAGCAGGAAGGUGAACUUCAGAAGAAAUUAGAUGAAUGCAGAUGGAAACAGCAUAAUUUAAUACAGGUGAUGGAAGAUAAUCUGGCUAAAAUUUUGGAUGAAAUGAGAACAGCGAGCUCUGAAGAAAAGCUGAAUAAAUAUUUGGAGAAUGCACUUUGUUCUUUAGAUGACAUUAGAGCUAGGUAUGAGACAUUCAACCAAGUUCUAAUGGAUAAACUUAUGGCUUACCCAGAAGCUAUUUUGCAGAAAUUGAUUUCCUAUAGUAUAUCCAUCAGCCAAUAUUUUAACGUAAAGGAAAUCUUCAAACAGAACUUGCAAGGAGAGAUAGAAUUCACAUUUCAAGAUCAAGAACUAGUUAAGGCUUCAGAAGCUGAACAUCUGGUGGAGCAGCAAGCUGAGAGCAUUGUGCAAGAAAAUGAAGGAAAGCAAAAGAUGGAUAGUCAUCAACAAGAAAAUGAAGAAACAAACAUAGCUGAGAAUGAGGAGAUCUUUGCUCAGGAAGCUGAAGAAACAGAGGAAAAAAAAUAUGGGGAGAGUAUUCCUCAUGAAAGGGAAGGAACUGAGCAACCAGGACAGGGGGUAAGCUUUACACAGGCUGUGUUUGACAGCAGCAAGGCAGAAAGCCCUGAGAUUGAUGUUGAGACCUUCUCCACUUCUAGUGGAAACACUUACACAGUUCUUGGAGUUAAAGAGACAGAAAAAACUGACAUCCAGGAGACUUAUUUUACAAAAUAUGAAAAAAAGGAAUCGCUUCCUAUGUACCUGAAAUAUGUAUUUAUCAAAGAAAACGUGUUUGUAGAGCUGAAGAAACGAAUUCGCCUCUGCUUUUUUGAGCACUUGGAGAAAUGGUUUCCGGAGUCCUUAUCCAACUCCUGUGCCAUUGUAGCUGCCAAGAAAGAAGAGCUGAAUUCAGAACUUCAGCUGCGUCUCCACUUGCAUCAGCAAAGGCAGGAGGACAUAGAGAUAAAGAUCUACAACGUUAGAGCUGCGGAACUGUUGCUUCACAAAGAGCGUCUAGAGUGCCACUGCGCUGGGGUGGUGGAAGCUCUGAAAAAGGAGAGAGCUGAUUUUCUCAAAUUUUGUGAUGGGCAAAAUAACAUCAUCAAAAACUUACAUUCACGAAUAUGUGACAUGGAAUCUGUCUUCCUCAGUGCUCCUAUGACUGAGAAGUUAGUUUCUUUCAGCAGCAAUCUGCACUCAGAGCUACAUAAUCAUCUGGAAAUGAUCCAUGUUUCCCUGAGGAGUUACCGGAACUAUUUGGAGGAAGCUUUAGGAAAAUUAAGGGAUUCAAACGUGGAUUUUCUCAGAGCUUGCAGAUUAUUUUUGGAGGGAGGUAACUUUUCUCCCGAGGAGGUAAAGUCUUUCAGCAAGUGUCUUCAGGAAGAAAGUAAGCGUAUUGACUCUUUUGAGAGUUUAAUCAAGACAGAUUUGGAGAAAAUGGAAUCAAGCUGCUUGGAGCAGGCUACUGAACUUAUCAACCAGUCUGAAGCAAAGUUCGGUUAUCUCUUCAUGAAUCGAGUCUUUAUGGAGAAGGUCCGACGAUUUUUGACAAACCUACAAGUGCAAAUCAAAUCAGAGGUAGCAAAAUCCAAUUUGCAGGCAGUGACAUUAAACUCUCAUCUGGAGAAGCUCCAUCAGAAGAUAGAUGCUUGUGCUCAUCCUACUGCGGUUAAAGAAGCUUUGACAUCUGAAGAGUGGUAUGAUUUUGCCAAAGAAGUGUUGAAAGAACUGAAAAAGAGGAGCCAGUAUCUUGACUGCUUGCUAGUAAAAGCAAUGAGGCCUCAUGAUAAUGAGGACUUUACCCCUCCUGCAACGGAUGUUACAUUACAAGGUCCAAUUGCUGUUGCCAUUCGAACAGAGCGUGUCAGAGAUGAGAACAAAGCGAUGGUGAUGGGGCUGGAUCCUGUCAAAUAUCCUUUGUUAAAUCCAAGCAGAAUGGGAAAGUCUGCAGUUGAUGAUUUAUCGAUAAGCAUUAUCAAAAAUUUACUUGAAAUUCAGCCAUACAGAAAAUCUUCAGGCCUAAAUCGGGAGAGAAAAGAUCAUUCACAUUCAUUAGGACCAGGUCCUCGGAACUCUGCAGCUCAGAUCACCAAGAAGUCAUCUUUUAUGAAAAAGAUGCCAAGAGGAAGGGUACAGAAAAACACCAGACCAGUCCUCAGUGAGAAGAGAUUCCAGAUAUUUGGAGAGAAGCCUCCAGAGUCUGACACUUUUAAGGGGAUUAUGAUGAAUAUUCUUUGGACGGGUAAUGACAGCUUGCUCUGUCUUGCCGAGGAGUUCUACCAAAAAGAGAAUCCUCAAAUCGCAAUGCUUGAAGAUCUCCCAGAGACAUUUGACCAUUGUGCAGAAGUGUUCAAACAGAAUCUGUUGUCAUACCAAAGUCAGACAGAUGAUUACUACAAUUCCUGUCUUAUAGAAUUUCAGGAUCAGCUGAAGAUGUUUGAGAAGGAGCUCCCUUAUAUCUCCCAGUUGGCAAUUGAUAGUCUUUUAAAAGAACACGAGCAGAAGCUCAGCUAUUCCACUGGUCAGAUUCAGCAUCUCUUCAGUAAACAGCUGGAAGGCUGGGAGAAUGUAAGGGCUGUGCACAAGAAUCGAUUACAUCCCUCUCUGGGACAUCCAGACAACUUACCUCACCUGGACGCUUUGUGCCAAGCGGAAAUAAAAAGGCAAAAAGAGCAAGCUGAUGGUAUUCGUCUCAACACACAGAUGCUGCAGGACUGUGUUGCUGAGUGUGCUCAGAGCUUUGUUUCUGCACUAGCUGCCUUCACCGAAAAGCUGCUUCUGGAAUUAGAUGAAAGUAUCACGGUUAACGAUGUACAAGUAGCAAAAAUUGAUAUACCAAGAGAGAAGACAUCCACUUUAAUUCGUCGUAAACAAGCAGGACUUCCUCUAGAAAUCUGUGAAGUUAAGCAGUUAAUUGACCGUGGGAGCAGGACUUGGCCAGGAAUACCCAUGACUGCUCUUACAGACAAUUCAGACUAUAUCCUUUGCAGAGAAACUGCGUCAGUUACAACAGCGAAGACUACGCUGGGCCACGUAGCAGCAGUAGAAGCAAGAGAUGCGGCGUAUAAGAAAUACAAAUGUAAACUUGAGCAGGAGUUUGCCCAGAUCAAGGAAGAAAGUACAGCUCAGCUGCUGGCAAUCCAGCAUUGGGAAGAAUGGUGGAAACAAUCCAUCCAGAAGAUUAAGCAACUCUAUACAUGAGCUCAAUCAACAAUCAAAUCUUGCUGAUGUCCUUCUGAUCAUUGUUGGUGUAAACUGACAAGUUUGUAUUAAUGUCAGUGAUUUAGUCCAACAGGAUUGUCUAUUUUUUGUUUUUUAAAUUUCUGUUGCACUGAACAAGUGCAAUGGUGAAAGGAGCUAUUUUUUGCCUCCUGAAAUAAAAAAUCUGACGAAUGUGCUGUAAAUGAAAUGUAAACUCUGUGCAGUGCUUCCUAGUUGGAUCUCAGCCAGAGUAAAAUUAACUCAUUAUGGUUCUGGCUGGAAUAGGAGAAUCUGGAAAGCUGGAAGCCCAAGCAGUGGAUUUGUACGGAAGUUCACGUUCUAGACUCGGGCAUGAUUGAGUGUGCCUGUGUCGUGGCACAGUUAUAACGGUUAAAUGCAGCCUGUUUAAUAAUGGAGUCCAGCAAGGAAACUUUCUUCAGUGCAGAUGAAGCCCUUCCCACGGAUAUCCUCUCUUUCUUCACAUUGUGAACAACACUGUACUCGCAGCUCACUACUUCAGUUUUAGAAAUAUGAAAAACAGGUUUAGAAAUCCAAAAUAGUUGAUCUGCAAAGAAUAUUUUCCACAGAAUGGUCUACAAGUGAGGUAUUUAUCUGCAAUCCAGAAUGCUUUCCAAGGCAGGGCUUGAAAAUAAAGUACAGCUUUGUUCUGGGAGGUCAAGCGAGUUCAUUUGGGAGUAAUAUAGUUACUUUCAACCAUUUGCUUUUAAAAAACUCUCUGAACAAAUUCAAGGAACCUGAUAACUAUUAAAACUGCUUUAGCUGUUUUUCUGUUUGUUAGGAGAUUCUGUCACUAACUGCAACCACAUCUAUUUCAUUUUUGUUUGCAUUCAUUGUGAGCCCUAGAGUUGUAAAUCAGUUGAGGACAAAUACGGUAAAAGUCAAAGAGAUAGUUUUAGAUGCCAGGAGAUGUUCCAGACUCAUCUGGCUCCAGUGUUCUUGCAGAUUUGUAACAGAGAGAUUGAAGCAAGGGGGGAAUGCAUCAGCUGUGCUCCUAAUGAUGCAAUAUUUCAAAAUAUGUGUAUUACUUUUCCUGAGGGAUUAGAUGUUUACUCUGUAAAGACACAUGGAAGAACACUAUGCCUAUUAAAAUAGCUGAAACUGCACUAAAAUAAUCAGAACGCCCAUGUUUUCUUUUAUUUUGUGUUAACUGUACUAUUAAAUUUGAGGAUAACUUUUAUUCUCCUUUCUUCUAUCUGUUCCUUAUCCUCUGUCCUUCCCCA